AUGCCUCUUAGAUUUGUGGGAUUCAGUUUAUAUUUUAUGAUUUUAGCAGGGAAGCUCUUCCUGCACGGCAGCACAGACGAGCUGCCAGAGGAUCAUCUCCUCCAACCGGCCCGGCAGGAGUCCUCUCUGCUGAAGCCCACAGUGCUGAUCACCAUCCUUGCACGCAAUGCACAACACAGCCUCCCUUACUUCUUGGGCUGCAUUGACAGACUGGACUACCCAAAGGACCGUAUUGUCAUCUGGGCAGCCUCUGACCACAGUGUGGACAACAGCACAGCCAUGCUCCAGGAGUGGCUGAAAGGAGUUCAACACCUGUACCACUCGGUGCAGUGGAGGCCCAUGGAGCAACCGAGCUCUUAUGCAGACGAGCAGGGUCCCAAACACUGGCCUGACUCUCGGUUCAUCCAUGUGAUGAAGUUAAGGCAGGCAGCACUCGGAGCUGCCAGACGACUGUGGACUGACUACAUAUUGUUUGUGGACAGUGACAACUUGCUGACUAACCGCCAGAUACUAUCAGACAUGAUAGCAGAGAAUCUGACAAUUGUAGCACCCAUGUUGGAAUCAAAAAGCCUUUAUUCCAACUUCUGGUGCGGCGUGACUCCAGAGGGCUUCUACAAACGAACCCCAGAGUAUAUUCCCAUCCGUAAAUGGAAGCGGCAGGGCUGCUUUGCAGUCCCCAUGGUGUACUCCACCUACCUGCUGGACCUGAGGCGCAGAGCCAGCCGAGCCCUGGCCUUUUACCCUCCUCACCCCCACUACCCCCACCAUGUAGAUGACAUCAUGGCCUUUGCUUUCUCUGCAAGGCAAGCAGGAGUUCAGAUGUAUGUGUGCAACAAGGACCAUUAUGGAUAUUUACCAGUGCCCCUUAAACAAGACCAGACACUGGAGGAAGAAGAGGAGAGUUUUACCCACACACUGACAGAGGCACUCAUUGCCUAUGACGUGGAGCCCUCACAGUAUAUGCACACUGCACCUAAAGAACUACGAAAGAUGGGAUUUAAUGAGAUCUUUUUGAUUAAUCUGAAGCGCCGCUCAGACCGGCGAGAAAGGAUGUUGAGCACUUUGGCCGUCCUCGGCAUCAACACCACACUGACAGAAGCCGUGGAUGGCAAAGCCUUGAACUCCUCUCAGCUGCUGGCUAUGGGUAUAGACAUGCUGCCUGGGUACAAAGACCCAUAUUCAGACCGCGUGCUGACUAGAGGGGAGAUUGGCUGCUUCCUCAGCCACUACAGCGUCUGGAAACAAGUGGUGCAGCAGGAACUGCAGCAGGUGCUCGUGCUGGAGGAUGAUGUGAGAUUUGAGCCCAGCUUUUGCAGCAGGCUGGUGACUAUCAUGGAAAAUGUGCAGAGAGUGGGACUCGAAUGGGACCUCAUUUAUGUAGGGCGUAAGCGGCUGCAGGUGAAGGAGCCAGAGUUGUGGGUGAAAGGAGUCAGUAACCUUGUGCACCCAGGUUACUCCUACUGGACCUUGGGUUAUGUCCUUUCACUGAACGGGGCCAAGAAGCUCCUUCAGGCAAAACCCCUGAACAAAAUGCUGCCUGUUGAUGAGUUCCUACCUGUCAUGUUCAACAAGCACCCCAAAGACCAGUACUUGCAGUAUUUUGAUCAGAGGGACCUGAGAGCAUUUUCAGUCGAGCCUCUGCUGCUCUUUCCCACACACUACACCGGCGAGCCCGGCUACUUCAGCGACACAGAGACCUCUACCAUCUGGGACGACGAGGCCGUGGACACAGACUGGGACAGAGAUGGAGCCAAACACAAGCGUGGGCAGGAAACUGAGGAUGUAGGUUUUCGACCUGUGGCUCCUCACUCUGCUCGUGGUGGCGUGCCCCCCCUCUCUGCCAGUGGAAACCGAGAUGAACUCUGA